AUGAGUAAUAAUCAACAGUUAACUAUCUAUCAUGAUAAUCUACAAGUAAUAUUACAUGAUGAAGAUCUAAACAAGAUCGUAUUGUGGGAUUCUCAUAAUAGAAGUAUUGUUGUGAGAGACCUACCGAAAUCAUCACCUACCGACAGUCCAAGGCAACAACAUCAGCAGCUGCUUUCACUAACAAGCAAUAACAAUAACAAUAUUAACAACAAUAACAGUAUAGCGAGUACAAGUAAUAGCAAUAUUAGUACAUCGGUGACACAACAUGUUGGUGCAUGUCCAUACUGUCAUAGACCAUUCGACCACAACAAUUCCAUUGGUAAUCAUUCUGCACUGCCAUCUGCAGGUGUUGGAAGUGGCGGUGGUGGUGGUGGCGGCGGUGUGACAAUGGGUGGCGUUGGUAGUGUUGGUGUCGGUGGAAUCGGUAGUACAACGGGUGACAGCUACAUGUCAAGAGAUUACUUCUUGUUGCUCGAGUCAUCGUCGUCGGAUAUACCGUCGUCCAUUCCAUCCAAGAGCAACGAUCCGUUCUCCGCAGAGUUUCUCAACUCUGGCUACUACAGGAAAUUCUUUAAGGAAACGAAAAAGAUUGGUGCCGGUGGUUUUGGUGCUGUCUACCACUGUCGACAUCUCAUCAAUACAGUGGAUCUCGGUGAGUUUGCCGUCAAGAAGGUGCCGGUCGGUGAGAAUCUACCGUGGUUAUACCGGGUGCUGCAAGAGGUCAAAGCAUUGGAGACUCUACAGAAGCACAAAAACAUCAUCAACUACAAGCACUCAUGGUUGGAAUACGAUCAACCUGCUAACUUUGGACCAAAAGUACCAUGUCUAUUCAUUCUAAUGGAGUAUGCCAACAGUGGUAAUCUUCAAGAUUACAUGUCAGAGAAGCAGAUCAUACCAGAGAAUGAAAUAUGGAGUUUCUUCAUUGAUCUUUGUCAUGGUAUUGGAUAUCUACAUCAUUCAGAGAUUAUACAUCGCGAUUUGAAACCACAGAACAUUUUGCUACAUCAAUAUUAUGAUCCUGUUUGUGAUAAUCUAGUUACACAUUUAAUGAUUAGUGAUUUCGGAACGUGUGAUACUGUGUCUGGUUUCAAGGAAAGAUUAAAGAGAACAGGUAAUACUGGUACAGUAGAGUAUGUUGCACCUGAAUUGUUUGAAAAGAGUGCAACCGGUGAAUUCUUAUCGACUGGCACUGACAAGUGUGAUAUCUGGUCACUUGGUAUAUUGCUUUAUGAAAUGGCUUAUGGUAAGCUACCCUAUAAACACAGUGGUAAUCCAUUCAUCGACGACGAUCCAGAGAGAGAUGUUGAUCUAUUAGUGAAUGAAAUCGGUUCAUUCUGUGACUCGAAAUUUCAUAUACCUUCAAAUCCACCUAGAUCUAAAGAACUUAAAGAAACAAUAUUAGCAUUGUUAAGAAGAAAUCCACAUGAUAGACCAUCUAUCAAUCAGAUACUAUUGACACCUUUUGUACAAAUGAAAACUAAACAUAUGUCUAUAAAUCCAAUUAAUAUUAUAAAAGAAUCACCAUCUAUUAGAAAAGCUACUAUUAGAAAGAGAAAUCUAAAGAAAUCUAAAGAGAUUCUGGUUGAACAACUCGACUCCUAUGACACCGACGAAGAUCUUUUAAACAAUACAACUACGACCAUAUCGACUACAACUUCACAUUUGUCAACGAGUAUAGUUCCACCGUUUCGUCAUCAUCAUCAUCAUCAUCAUCCAUUACAAACCAAUACGAUUGAGGAUAUAUCGACACCGACUUCUUCACCGACACUACCAAACAAAUCGACUUCAUCAUCAUCAACAACAACAACCACAUCGACAACAAUGAAUGAAUCAUCGUCUUCAUCAAACACAUCACUGGUUCUAAUGAAAAAGAAUGUUACUACGCUUAUUAAUGACACCGCACAGCAGACUGCACUUUCUCUCUCCAAUGCCAUUGCAAAUCAUUCACCUCGACAACUCCAACUUCCAUCGUCGCCACCACCAAACAAUCACUCACACAAGCCAGCGCUCUCUGACAAGAUGUCACUUCACUACAUGACUCAUCUCUUGAUACUACUGUUCCAAGUAUGGAUUUGUAUAGAUCAAUGUUUACCAAUUGGAAUACCAAAAGAAAGUCUUUUCUAUCCUAUGAUAUUACUAUCAUCAAUCGUUUUGAUUAUCCCUAAAAAACGUAAAAUAGAAUUAGGAAUACUAUAUACAUUUAGAUUCCUAUUGUUUGUAAUUGCAAGUUGUUUUUUGGACAGAGGUUGUCAAGUGAUAAACAAAAAUAAUGAAAACACCAACACCGAAUCAUCAUCAACAACAAACAUAAUAUAUUCAGUUAUAAUCUAUGCUGUUAGUUUAAUAUCAAUAUUUAAUUAA